AUGGGGUAUAUCAUACCUAAGGGCACAGCAGUAUUGGUUAAUGUUUGGGGUAUUGGAAGGGAUCCAGCUUUAUGGGAUAAUCCACUCUCGUUCUAUCCAGAACGUUUCUUAGGAAAUACUACGGAUUACCGCGGACAACAUUUUCAAUAUAUACCGUUUGGAUCUGGAAGACGCAUGUGUCCUGGCCUCCCCAUGGCGCACCAAGUUCUUCACAUUGUGGUUGGAUCAUUGCUCCAAUCAUUUGAUUGGACUCUUGAAAAUGGCGUCACACCUGAAUCCAUGGACAUGAACGAAAAACUAGAGAUGUCAUUGCAGAAGUCCACUCCUUUAAGAUUAAUACCAAGAGCAUCGGGUCUUGCAGCGUGA